GGAAGACCUGGGAUAGUGUCUGCGCCUCUCGCUGCCAGCUUUGGGUGGCGCUACGUGGGGUCAGCUGGUGCUGGCCGCGCUCCUUGCUCGCUCGCUUGUUCCCCGGGAAGCCCCUGGUGUGCCGUCCCCGAGGCCAUGGGGCGGCAGUGGGGGCCAGCCAUGAGGGCGGCCGAGCAGGCGGGCUGCGUGGUGAGCGCCACCCGGGCCGGGCAGCCCGAGGCGGGCUCGUGGAGCUGCAGCGGGGUGAUCCUGAGCCGCCGCCUGGGCCUGGUGCUGUGCCACGGGGGCAUCUUCACCCCCUUCCUGAGGGCCGGCAGCGGGGCGCUGACCGCGGCCGGCGCCGCCUUCCUGCCCGGCGACAGUUGCGGCGACGACCUGCGCCUGCACGUGCAGUGGGGCCCAACGGCCGCGAGUCCGGCAGGCCGCGCGGAGCGGGGCCGCCCGGGGCUGUGCACGCCCCAGUGCGCCGGCCUGGAGCCCGGCCCGCCCGCCCGGUUCCGCGGGCGGCUGCUGCAGCCCCCCCGCCCCGCCGAGCUGCUGCUGCUGUUGAGCUGCCCGGCCUUCCGGGGCCACUUCGCGCGCCUCUUCGGCGGCGAGACGGCCAAGCAGUGGAGCUUCGCGAGCGCCGCACCGGACGACGAGGUGUCGGAGGAGGAGGAGGAAGACCAGCUGAGAGCGCUAGGCUGGUUCGCUCUGCUGCGCGUGCGGCCGGACCCGGAGAAGGAGGCGGAGGCGGAGGAGCGCGGGCCGGUAUUGGCCGUGGCGCCUCUCGGGGCUGUGCCCAAGGGUGAGCCGCUGCUGGCCUGCGGCUCCCCGUUCGGGGCCUUUUGCCCCGACAUCUUUCUCAACACGCUCAGCUGCGGCGUGCUCAGCAACUCGGCCGGCCCGCUGCUGCUCACCGACGCGCGCUGCCUGCCAGGCACCGAGGGCGGCGGCGUGUUCGAGGCGCGGCCCGCGGGGGCGCUGGUGGCGCUGGUGGCGGCGCCCCUCUGCUGGAAGGCCCGCGAGUGGGUGGGCCUCACGCUGCUCUGCGCCGCCGCCCCUCUCCUCUGCGCCGCCCGAGCGGCCCUCUGCCGCCUGCACCCCGGCGCCGCCGCCCUGGCCGCCUUCCUACCGCAUGAGAUGGGCGCCCCGUGGGGCCUGCCCCUCCGAGACCCCGGACCCCCCUGGGCAGCUGCGGCCGUGCUGGUGGAGUGCGGUUCCGUUUGGGGCUCCGGAGUGGCCGUGGCACCCCGCCUCGUGGUGACCUGCCGGCAUGUGGCCCCUCGGGAGGCGGCCAAGGUCCUGGUGCGCUCCACCACCCCCAAGAGUGCCGUAAUCUGGGGACAUGUGGUAUUUGCCACCCAGGAGACAUCUCCCUAUGAUAUAGCAGUGGUGAGCCUGGAGGAGGACCUAGAUGGUGUCCCUGUACCUGUGCCCGCUGAGCAUUUCCAUGAAGGCGAGGCUGUCAGUGUGGUGGGCUUCGGUGUCUUUGGCCAGGCCUGCGGGCCCUCGGUGACCUCAGGCAUCCUGUCAGCUGUGGUGCAGGUGGAUGACACACCAGUGAUGCUUCAGACCACGUGUGCUGUGCAUGGUGGCUCCAGUGGGGGACCUCUCUUCUCCACCUGCUCCGGGGACCUCCUGGGCAUCGUCGCCAGCAACACCCGGGACAAUAACACGGGGGCCACCUACCCCCACCUGAACUUCAGCAUUCCCAUCACGGUGCUCCAGCCGGCCCUGCAGCGGUACAGCCAGGCCGGCGACCUGGGCGGCCUCCGCCAGCUGGACCGCGCCCCCGAGCCGGUGAGGGUGGUGUGGCGGCUGCAGCGACCCCUGGCAGAGGCCCCACGGAGCAAGCUCUGAAGCUGUGGCACCCUUCUGGAGAGAAGAGCAACCAUCUGAUGCCAUGGGGAGUGUGGGGGCUGGUGGCCUGAGGACCCUGACACGGCACACCCCAGCCAGGCUACAUCCCCAUCACCACCCACCUUGCUCAGCUCUGGAGUCUGGACCAAGCUCCUCUUUAGCCCCCAUGGAUCUCUUACCUGGCAGCCCGUUUUGGGGUGCUUUCUCGAGCCGCCGCCUCUCUCUGCCCCCGACACUAGGCUCAAUUCUGUUCUUUUCCCUUCUGGGGAGCCCAGUACAACCGUACAACAGACAGAUCUGGUACUGACAGACAGAUGUUGGCUGGAAGGCAGGCCCGGCCAUGGGUCCCUGUCUCCUGACGGUCACUGGCCACCUGCAGCGGCGGCUUCCCUGGGCCUUGGCUCCUCUCUGCUCUCGGUCAGAAUGGGGCUGACAGAGCACUGGGGCUUCCUCAGAACACCUCAGCAGAGAGGCCCUGCUCUGAAGACCAGAGGCGGAAAGAAAAGAGCAUCUUCCUGUUCUGCUGGACCAGCAGUGGCGUCCCUGGAAGCCAGGACUCCCGGCUAUUCAUGUGUCAGGUGCCCUGACCUGCAGGGGCAUGCUGACACAGUGCCUUAAUCUUCUGGCCCGUAAAGUAGCUCUCAGGGGU